AUGAAGUUCUCCACCACCCUGAUUGCCCUCGUUGCUGCCGGCCUGGCCAAUGCUCAGCUGCCCGACGUCCCCACUUGCUCGCUCAACUGCUUCGUUUCGGCCCUGACCAGUGAUGGUUGCUCGGACCUGACCGACUUCGCCUGCCACUGCCAGAAGACUGAGCUUGUCAGCAGCGUGACUCCUUGCGUUGAGAAGGCCUGCGACGUUGCCGACCAGAUCUCCGUCUCCAACGUCGUCGUCUCUCAGUGCUCUGCCGCUGGCCACCCCAUCUCCGUUCCCCCAAUUGAGACUACCACCUCCGAGAGCAGCGCUAGCAGCAGCGCUAGCAGCAGCGCCUCCUCCUCCGCCUCCAGCAGCGGCAGCAGCAGCUCUGAGUCUUCCACCCCCGCCACCACCACCGCCUCCGCGACUGGUACUUCCGUUCCCACCGGCAGCUCCAGCGCCGGCUCGUCUACCCCGGCGGGUACCUCCACCCCACUCGUCACCAAGACCAGCGGCGGCGCCUCCGGCACCUCCACCGCUGUCUGGACCGGCGCUGCCGUCGCCGCCAAGGGCAACCUGGCUGGUGUUGCGGCCGUUGCUGCUGCCGCUGCUUAUAUCCUGUAA